CCUCUCACUUUUGCAAACAUUCUACCAUUUCAACUCCAAAUUCCGCUCUCACCUUCCUGUGUGAUCAAAAGGAGUACUUGCAUAUUGGUACGCCUACAUUUGUGUUUCUUCCUUGCCGUACUCUAAACUGUGCUCCUGAUUUCCGAGGCAUACAAAUCGGAGUAUGGAGGACGGCGGCCUGUGUAAGCUCUUUGCCGACGACUGUGAGUCCUGGCAAGCAGCGUCCGUAGACGCGGACGACCUGGUCGGCAUUCUCGAGACGUGGGAGGAGUGCAUAAACGGCCUCGGCGGCGGCCGAGAUAGCGUUGUGCCCGGCGCUGCUGCGGCGUUUAGCCGCCCGAGCAGUGUCGCCGUCGUCGGUCGUGACGGUGCAGUGGCUAGCGCCAUGUGUGCGAGGCCGACGCUGGGCGCCAGGCGCCGUGAAGCCGAUGACGAGAAAUCUAAAGGAGCUCCGGUGAGGAAGAAGACCAAAGGAUCGACGUCGGCUGCGAUGGUGGCUACAGCGGUAGAUGACACCGUGGACGAGGGAGCUGCGAAGAUGUGCCACAUCACGGUGGAGCGCAACCGGAGGAAGCAGAUGAACGAGAACCUCGCCGUGCUACGCACUCUCAUGCCUUGCUUCUACGUCAAGAGGGGAGACCAAGCAUCCGUGAUUGGAGGGGUGGUGGACUACAUCAAGGAGCUGCAGCAAGUGCUUCACUCGCUGGAGGCGAAGAAGCACCGCAAAGUUUACGCCGAGCAGGUGCUCAGCCCGCGUCCAGCAACGUCAAGGGCGCCGAGCCCACGGCCACCACCUCUCACUCUCAGCCCGCGCCCGUUCAUGAUCAAGUCCAUGCAACGGCCGCUCAGCCCGAGGCUCGCCGUGCCGAUAAGCCCCGGCACGCCGACCCCGGGCAGCCCGUACAAGCCCUGCCUGCCGCACCUCAAUGCCUACAUCUCGCCGGCCAUGACGCCCACGACGUCCUCCUCUUCGUCCUCGCACGCAUAUGAUAUCGUGCCGGUGCCGCGGCCUUACCUUCCCACCCUAGACAGCAUCGUCACCGAGCUCACCGCGGCCAGGCCCACGGGGAUCCUCCUCCCUGACGUGAAGGUGGAGUUCGCCGGGCCGAACCUGGUGCUCAAGACCAUGUCGCGCCGUGCGCCGGGGCAGGUGCUCAAGAUCAUCGCCGUGCUCGAGAGGCUGUCGCUCGAGAUCAUCCACGUCAGUAUCAGCGCCGUCCACGACGCUACGGUGCACUCCUUCACUAUCAAGAUUGGAAUCGAGUGCGAGAUUAGCGCCGAGGAGCUGGUGCAUGAAAUCCGGCAGACCUUCUUGUGACGUCGUUGUACGGUUUGCAAUUGCAUCCUUGCCUAGUUUUAGUUAGCGUAGAGCUACUCAGUGUUGUCGUGCAACUGCAUGUGUACAUGUGCCAGCUGCAAGUAUAUAGUGGUAGCUAGAUUGUUUCAAUGUUGCUAGCUGCAGCUUUUCUUGUUUCAAUGCCUAGGUAUAGAUGCAGAAUUUCCCGGAUUGUUACUAUCUUGAUUUCUGAGUAAUAUGUGGAUGACCUUUUCUCUUCUGAAAUGGAUUUUGCAAUGGAGGAAUA